AUGACUGAUCUAGGAAAUAUGACAUAUUUUUUAGGGAUGAAGAUUAUAUACUCCGAGAAGGGUAUCAUUUUGCAUCAGCUGAAAUAUGAACUUGAGCUUCUAAAGAGAUUUGAGUUGCCGAAUUGUAACGGUGCGAUCAAACCUUCAAAAGAAAAUUACAAAUUGGAUUCUGAUCCUGAGUGUGAUGAUGUAGAUGCUACUACUUUCAAGCAGUUGGUUGGCUCUCAGAGGUAUUUGUGUAAUACCAUAUCUGAUAUUUGCUAUGUAGUUGGAAUGGUUAGUAAGUUCAUGAGUAAACCAAAGUGGUCUCAUUACCAAGUUGGUGUCAGGAUUCUUAUGUAUGUUAAGGGGACUCUGAAGUAUGGAGUGGUGUUCCCUUCUAGAGAAAAUACUAAUUCAAAGUUGAUGUGUUACUCAGACUCUGAUUGGUAUGGAGAUAGAGUUGACGGAAGAAGUACUUCUGGAUAUUUGUUUAAGUAUAUGGGAAGUCCUAUUUCUUGGUGUUCCAAGAAGCAACUAAUUUUUGCAUUGCCAACCUAUGAAGUUGAAUAUAUUACAUGUGUUGUGGCUGCAUGUUAA